CGUUACAAAGAUGGUAGUAUGGAUUCCCAUUUGGUUGAAUAAAUAAUACCCUUAGAAAAUGUAUAUAUCGUGCUGAUUGUAGUCUUAAACUAUGGCGCGAAGAAAACAGAGUGUACCAACAUUUGCCGCCUCUUCGUUUUCAGAAGAGGGCGCCACCGACAGCAAGCGGCAGCGGCUGGAGAUCAAGGACGAGCCAUUCAAUGUCGAGGAGUAUGAGAUACACAGCUCGUCCGAGAGCGAGCCGAGUCACAGCGGGGGCGCCACUGACCUCCACGAGCCGCGCCUCACGAGCAGCGGCUACUCGGACACCGAACAGGCGCUGUCGUCUGACGGCGCGAGUGCAGCGCUGGCGUUCAACGAUGGCAACACCUCCCCGCUGUCUGCCCUUAGGAACCUCUCUGGUACCUGUGCACACCAGGUCCCAAUAGGGGGCGCUGUGAACCACUACGGCUCCGUGCUGCCGAACCAGCAUGACGACGUGAAUCAAGCUGGUCAGCAGAGGAUGCCGGCUGUCCCUAGCAAUGUCGGAAGCCACGACGGGCUACCUGCUAAUUCAGACGAUCUCUCUUCGUUGGAAUGUUCGUUCAGGUUUAAGGUGGAGACAGAAUAUCCAGUUGUGACAUGUCUCAGAGGGAACAGCAUUGACACAGGAGAGGAGAUCAACAUGUUCAAGUGUCACCUGUGCAAUAAGAUGUUUAUGACCCUGAGCGGUGUUCAGCAACACCUGGCACUCCAUGUUGCUAAGGAUAUCACAAGACUCUUACCGGAAGCUAAAUUGCCACCACCUGAUGACACGCCAUCUGCAAUCAGUGGCCGAAUGCCGUCGGCUAGCGACAGCUAUUCAAAACAGCUAUCAAGCAGGCAGUGGUCGUCACCUCUACUGCAGGGCCACGGCAGCACCCGGGCGUUGCAGUGCGACGCGGACGAGAGGUCUGGUGGGAGGGUACCGCUCGCCAGGAGAGACGAGGGCAAGCAGCAAGCCGAGCAGCCGGAGCUAAGUGGUCGUGUUGCCAGUGUAGAGAGCCGGCUGGAGAAGCUCCACGUGGGCCUGGAGCAGGUAAUGAGAGCGAUGGGAGCUGUGCUGAAUGUUGUCAAGGCGGAUGCAGGCACGCCGCCUAAUGGCAGUUAUGCUCGAGCGAACGUUGACGCGGUGUCGGCGGCCGCUCUCAGCGGUAACGGCACACACGCGACAACUACGCUCUCGUCUAUACCCGCUAGCAACCAUGUCACGACUAUGGUCUUGUCUGUUGGAAAGACAGAUGCAGUGUCCGUAUCCACACCCAUGUGCGUUGCACCAAAGGCGCGGAUGACGGCGCCCUUGGCGAAUUGCAUACGGGUGGCGUCGCCGCUGCCACCGCCCCCGCCGCCGCUUAUGCAGGCACUGUGCAGUGAGCCGAGUCUUGUCGCGUGCAGUAGUCGCCUGCCGGUUGACGACUACGACGUGCUGUCGGGCGGCGUCGCACUACACGAGUACAAUGAGAGGCUGCACGCACUCACAUGGCCGGGGAUGAACGAUGCGGCGGCGGCUGCGCUGCACGAGGACGCGGAGGCCGGGGUGGGGGCGCUGCCGCCGCACGAUGACGACAACGACGUGCUCGGCCGGCUCGUGCUGAUGAGCGGCUCGACGCUACGCGCUCGCGAGAUCAAGAAGUCCGGACCGAACCGGUUGCGCAAGUUCUCGACGGAGUCGAUCAAGGCGAGGCUGCGGCAGCUCGAGUCGCUCGGUUUCGGGCAGCUGCAGAAUGCGCAGCUGUUCACGAAAACACCGCCACGCGGCAUCACGGAGGAGCAGUGUUCUGCGCUCGGCAUCACGCGGCAUUUCUACGAGAAUUCCUACCUGAAGCCGAUCCACUCCGGCACACAGAAGUAUCUUGAGAGCUUCCUGGCAGCGACGUGGCAUCCAAGCGAGCUGACGACCCAGGAGAACGACUGCCUGGGCCACGAGUGACAGCCUUUUCACGAGUUGCGUCAAACGGAAGUUUGCGAGAGAGAUAUGUGACUUUCCGUAUUUUGAAAAUAUGUAAUAGUGUCCAUAUAUAUAAAGUGCGUAUAGUUGCGUGGUUUUUGUAAUAGUAAGGUAAUUUAACUUUGUAAUAACUGAGGUAAAAUAUAUCUGUAUAAAUAUUUUGAAUAAGUAUUAUGAGGAAUAAAUAAUUUAGUUUAAUAUAAUUGUGUCCUUAGAUUAAGCUCUUGAUGUGUUCAAAACAUUUAACUACCCUGAGUAGAAGUCGAGUUGUUAUGAAUGUGUUUUCUGUAAUAACCCAAUUAAAGAGUUAAGCUUUACUGUUAAAAAUAGCUCUGCCCCUAAUUAGUAAAAGAACUUGAAUUUAUCCAUAACUCAACAAGCAUAUCUCCUGACCUGAGUUUUUGCUAUGCAUUCCUACUUGCGUACUUGUACAUGACAUGCCCUCGUGCUUGGCAGUGUCAGAGGUAAGUAAUCUCAAUAUAUAAUUCUUGAGAUUAUGUAUCUCGAAACAAUAACUCGCUUUAUCUCAGUGUCGCAAUACCUCUAUUUGAGGUUAUUUAUUCUUGGCAGUAUCUAUAGCUUUCAAGUGAAGAAACUGUUAUACAUGGAUGUAAAUCAGAAGUAGAUAAUAGGGCUAUUAUCUUCUUCUGAUGUAUAUGGACACACAAGGAUGUACAAAGGAAGAACAUGUUUUCCUGAUCGGCUGUGAUCUGGUCUUGACUGGCUUUAUUGCAGCUCAGAAACACUCAUGAUCUGCGAGAGUUUUUUUUCAUUUUGGGACUUUUACCUCAAUGGAACUAUAUAUAUAUAUAUAUACUAUAUAUAUAGGAUACUAUAUAUCCCAGUAAGUGAGGGACUUGAUAAUUUUCUAACCAAAUCAACUACUAGUUUUUUUCUACUAGACAAAUUAAAUCGUACUUAUUUAACUGGAGUACAAUAUCGGGAUCACAUAGUUUGUUUCCAAUGCCAUUGAUAUUCCAAAAGCAUAUGUCUAUGCCCAUUAAUCACAGUUUAAUUACAAAUUCAUCACAGUUCAAUAACGAUGUUGCGGGCCCUGCGUCAACCAUGUUCGUGCUAUACUGAAGCACGUGUUGAUUUAUGAUGAUAUAUUUCCAAUGGCCAUAGUGUCGCUGGUGGUUUGCUGAAUCGUUAUUUUGACCAUGGACAAAUGCAUCGGUUACACAGAUCAUGAUUCUAUUCUAUAAUAGAAAAGGCUGAAAUAUAUGAUGGAUAAUGGAUUUAAAUGGUGGCUGUUACAGAGAUGCCAACCACUACGAUUUAUCCGUAUUUUAUACUAAUUUAUAUUAUUUUGCACCACUACGACCAGU